AGAUUACAAUAUAAAUAUAAAUUAGCCCCUUGCAAAUAACAAUAAUAGUGCAGUGCGUUUCAGUGGUGGAAAGUGGAAACCGUAAUCGCCAAGCUGGAAAGAAAACGCUCCAUUUCUGCGCCACUCUCUGCCUUAUCGCCCCAUUUCCGUUCCAACAUUGUCAGAGAGCAACACAGAUUAGUCGUAGCAGUGAGAGGCAUCGGAGGGGGAAUAAAACAUGGUUUCAACAGCAACAGAAACAGAGCAAGAUUAGAAAGCGCCAGGGUGCGCACGUUAGCACCGAACCCCGUGGGUUCCUCUCCCCUAACUCGCUUCGCCCCCACGGCAUUCCUACGCUGAUCCACACUCAAAACGCAUCACAAAAAACACCGUUUCGCAACCCUAACGGAGGAGGGGGGUAAAAAAAAAAACUGAAAAAAAUGUUUCGGAUAACGAGAUUCUCGGGGUUUUUCUCCGCCGCAAUGUUUGUGAUUGUUCUUGUUAUUCUCUCCCCCUCCUUCCAAUCCGAAGCCAUUCGAUCCUCCCACCGAUUUUCCUUCCGGAAAGCCCCUCCGUUCCGCAAUGCCGCCGAAUGCGGUUCAAUUUCCGGUGAAACCACCACCGUCUGCGACCCUUCCUUGGUCCACGUCGCCAUAACCCUCGACGUCGACUACCUCCGCGGCUCAAUCGCCGCCGUGCACUCCAUCCUCCACAACUCCCUCUGUCCGGAGAACAUCUUCUUCCAUUUCCUCGUCUCCGACACCAACCUCCAAACCCUAGUUGAAUCCACGUUCCCUAACUUGAAGUUCAACGUCUAUUACUUCGAUCCGAACAUCGUCGCUCACUUGAUCUCCUCCUCCGUGCGGCAGGCGUUGGAGCAGCCUCUCAAUUACGCGAGAAAUUACCUCGUUGACCUUCUGGAGAGUUGCGUGGAGAGGGUGAUCUACUUGGACUCCGAUCUGGUGGUAGUGGAUGACGUGGCGAAACUGUGGAGCGCGAGUCUGGACUCACGCGCCAUCGGCGCGCCGGAGUACUGCCACGCGAACUUCACGAAGUAUUUCACGGCGGGGUUCUGGUCGGAGCCGAGGUUGUCGGGGACGUUCGCGCAGCGGAGGGCGUGCUACUUCAACACGGGGGUGAUGGUGAUGGAUCUGGUGAAGUGGAGGAAGGAAGGGUACACCAAGAGAAUCGAGAGGUGGAUGGAGAUUCAGAAGAGUGAUAGGAUCUACGAGCUUGGUUCUCUGCCGCCGUUUUUGCUGGUGUUUGCGGGACACGUGGCGCCCAUUGAGCACCGGUGGAACCAGCAUGGUUUGGGCGGGGAUAACGUGAAGGGUAGUUGCCGUGACUUGCACCCUGGUCCGGUUAGUUUGUUGCAUUGGUCUGGUAGUGGGAAGCCAUGGAUCCGUUUAAGUUCCAAACGCCCCUGUCCUCUGGAUUCUCUAUGGGCUCCCUUUGAUUUGUAUGCACACUCUUCCUCUUAAACUAAUUCUUCCCUCUCAUUUAAUUCAAUUUCUCUUUGCUUGUCAUUUUUCGCUAGUUAGAUGUUAUUCAUCUAUUUCUUCUCCCUAAACUUUUUCUCCGGAAAAUUUGUAUGUCAUUUCUAUUCUAUUAUUUUCCUGUCAUUCCUGAUUUGAAAAUAAAAGAAAAAGAAAAGAAAGCGGAUUUUCUAAUUU